ACCCCUCCCUGUCCGGGCCUCGCGGCUCAGGGCGGGGGCGGGGCCAGCCAGCUGACCCCCUCACCCCUCCCAGCCUCAGCCUCUUCCGCUAGGCCACUCUCCGGGCUCCCAGGGGAUUUGGGUGCGAGCGCGGGCACUGAGGUCUCUGCUCCCCAGCCCCUAGCCCCUCUGCGCUGAGUCGACCAAACCCCGCACUUCCGCGAGGGGGCAGGGCAGGGUCAUGAAAUGGGCCUUCUGCCCGAGGGCGGAGCUUUUCCAAAGGUGCAAGGCCAAGGCAUCCUGAAUUGGGUCUAGCGAAGGGUUAUUAAGGUGGUGUGGGAGGAUGCCCAGGGUAUUGGGGUCAGGAUGGCAUUAGCCCAGCUCAAGCCGGGCCAGGCUGACUCAGCAUCCUGCCCCGGUCAGCCCCCAUCCCCGACAGCUCCACAGUCCCUCAGGCAGAGAUGGGAGAUGGCGCCGGUAUUGCCCCUGGUGCUGCCCCUCCAGCCUCGCAUUCGUCUGGCGCAGGGGCUCUGGCUUCUCUCCUGGUUGCUGACACUGGCCGGUGGCCUCACGCUCCUGUCUAGUGGCCAUCUCCUGGUUCAGCUACGCCACCUUGGCAGCUUCCUGGCUCCCUCCUGCCGGUUCCCUGUCCUGCCCCAGGCUGCUCUGGCAGCAGGUGCAGUGGCUCUGGGCACAGGACUGGGGGCGGCAGGGGCCAGCCGGGCAAGUCUGGAUGCAGGCAGAUACCCUUCCUGGCGAGGGGUCCUGGGCCCGCUGCUGGUGGUUGGCACUGCAGGAGGCGGGGGCCUCCUGGUCCUUGCCCUGGGACUAGCCCUGGGUUUGCCUGUGAGUCUGGACCAGGGACUGGAGGAAGGCCUGGGGACUGCUUUGGCUUACUACAAGGACACAGAGGUGCCUGGGCACUGUCAUGCCAAACGACUGAUGGAUGAGCUGCAGCUGAGGCACCACUGCUGCGGACGCCAUGGCUACAAGGAUUGGUUUGGGGUCCAGUGGGUCAGCAGCCGAUACCUGGACCCCAGUGAUCAAGAUGUGGUUGACCGGAUCCAGAGCAAUGUGGAAGGACUAUACCUGACAGAUGGAGUCCCCUUCUCCUGCUGCAACCCUCAUUCACCCCGGCCUUGUCUGCAAAGCCGACUUUCAGACCUCUAUGCCCACCCUCUCUUUGAUCCUCGACAGCCCAACCUAAACCUCUGGGCCCAAGGUUGCCAUGAGGUGCUGCUGGGACACCUGCAGGGCUUGUCGAACACACUAGGCAGCAUACUGGCUGUCACCUUUCUGCUGCAGGCUUUGGUGCUUCUUGGCCUUCGGUACCUGCAGACAGCGCUGGAGGGACUUGGAGGGGUCAUAGAUGGAGAAAGAGAGACUCAGGGCUAUCUCUUUCCUGGUGGGCUUAAAGACAUGUUGAAAACAGCAUGGCUGCAGGGAGGGGUUGCCCAUAGGCCAGCACCUGAGGAGGCCCCACCAGAAGACGUACCUCCUAAGGAGGUUCUACCUGAGGCCUAGUGGAUCUAAGGUUGGGGGUGGGGCAGAAGAAGAGGGAGGGAUGGCUGAGUGUGUAAAACUCACAACUCCUUACCAAAGCUCCAGGAGGGAACUUCCUGAGAUUAGAGGGGUUAUGGAUAGUAAGCAAGCUAGACUGGGGUGAAAAACAAAACCAGGUAUCCUAUUUCCUAAAGUUCAGGAGAUUGCUUCAGUGCAGGCUCUUUAAUAAAGUUUUUGAAUGAAAGCCAUUGCUCUUUUUUGUCAAGGGAAUGGAUUUUUGUUGGUACUGGGAUUUGAACUCAGGGCUUUGUGCUUGCUGGGCAAGUGCUCUUCCACUUGAGCUACACCUCCAACCCAAGAAAACUGAUUUCUGUGUGAAAGAAAAGCAGCACUC